AUGCGUUUGACUACUGCGCCUGCUCCUCCGAUAUUUCCUAUCCGCAUUCGGUUCCUUACAGAGUCUGUAUAUGUAGCUAAUGUGAAUACAUACACUACUGGAGAGUUACUGUUGAAGAACUUCCAAGCUUGUGUAGGAACGAGUUAUAGUCACUACAAGCUUACAUACGAUGAUAAAGACAUCCAAUUUGCAGAUACUCUUGAAAAACUUGGAAUCAAGGAAGGAGACUUGGUCAAAGCUGAGUAUGAUAGAGGCGAGAAUUCAACUAGUGCAAUUGUCCCGUCACAUGUCGAGUCAAUGCCGACUACAACAGAGUUCUCAACAGGCCCAAUUCUAAUCUAUGUGAAAUUGACAACUGGAAAAAUUAUAGAAAUGAAUGUGAGAUGGAGUGACACCAUUUCCCAGCUUAAAAAAAUGAUUCAAGAUGAAGGAGUUACUCUUGAUCAAGUCGAUAUCGUAUUUGACGGCAUGCAACUACAUGACAGAUACACCUUGUCAUAUUACAAUAUUCAAAAAGAGUCCACGUUGCAUUUACAACCUAGACAACCUAAACCUAGCAGAUUACCCAGCAUUCGCGUUCCAAAGAUUCCAAGAGGUUCAACAACAAUAUAUGUGAAAUUGAUGAGUGGAAAAAUAUUAAACCUGGGAGUAGAUAUGCAUGAAACCGUUUCCUCACUUAAAGAAAGGAUCCAGGAUCAGGAAGGCAUCCCUCCUUAUCAACAACAAAUUAGCUAUGCUCAUGUGCAACUGGAAGAUAGACAUACCCUGUCAGAUUACCAUAUUCAAAAAGAGUCCACACUGGAACUUGUAGUUAGAAUAACGGUCUUUGUCAAAACGGCUACUGGAAAAACGAUAAGUUUGAAAGUAGGAUUGUGUGAAACCAUUUACAUGUUCAAGAAAAAAAUCCAUGAUAAAGAAGGUGUUCCUCCUGAUCAACAAUCUCUUGUACAUAAUGGCAGACACCUGGAAGAUGCACGUACCUUGAUGGAUUACAAUUUUCGAAAUGAGACCACAUUACUACUCAUGAUUAAAUCAGCUGGGAUUUCUUCUGGGAUUCCACUUGGAACGAUUUUUGUGAAAACACUGACUGGUAAAACGAUAACUUUAACAGUAGACUCGUCUGAUACUGUUGGCAAUGUUAAACAGAAGAUCCUGGAUAAAGAAGGCAUCCCUCUUGACCAACAGCGUCUGAUUUUUGCUGGCCGGCAAUUGGAAGAUGGGAAUACUCUGUCGGAUUAUAAUAUUCAAAAUAAUUCCACAUUACACCUUGUAAUUAGAUAUAAACCUGUGCCUUCUUAUUCUUCUGAAAUUAUUUCAGGAAUGCACAUCUAUGUGAAAACACUGACUGGUUGCACAAUAACUUUAAUAGUAAACUCGUCUGAUACCAUUGAUAAUGUUAAACAGAAGAUCAUGGAUAAAGAAGACAUCUCUCCUGACCAACAGCGUCUGAUUUUUGCUGGCAAGCAAUUGGAAGAUGGGCGUACUCUGGCAGACUAUGGUAUUUUGAAUGAGUCCGUAUUGCAUCUUGUACUUAGACUACGUGGUGGGAUGCUUCAAGAAACCAGUGGCCGUAAAGAAUUUGAUGCAUUGCCCCCACUCACACAAUAUAUGCAAACACCUGAAGAACUUUUGCAAUGUGGAGUUCAUGUUGAGGAACUGUUAGCCCUGCUACGUGAAGAAGAGAAGCGAAGAUUUUCACCUGAAAUACAAAAGCGAUAUUAUGAAGUCGGGAUUGAUCCCACAUGUGAUGAGGCUGUACAACUACUACGGCGUGCCCCACAAAUUUAUCCAGAUGAUCCUCGAUUUCAUACAACUCAAGUGUAUGUUCGUAAUAACAUUUGUCAUCUGGGAAAUCUAACCGAAGGAAUGCCAGCACCUGAUUGUCCACUGGUUCCACUAGACCCUUCAUCAACACUAGUUUCCUUGCGCUCACUUUGUCAACCUGGACGGCCACUCGUUAUUCUCGGUGGAUCAUAUACCUGUCCUUUAUACCGAUGCAUAUCUCAUGUGCUCAAUGAUAUAUACAGGAAAUAUAAUUCACAAAUCGAUUUCUACAUGAUUCAAAUUCGAGAAGCACAUGCUUCCGAUGUUUGGCCUAUUGGUAAUGUUGUGAGCGUUAAGGAGCACCGCACAUUAGAUGAACGUUUAGCUGCUGCUCGUGAAAUGGUCAAAGCGACUCGGCUGGAAAUUCCCGUGUUUGCAGAUACGAUGGAUGACGUUUUCUUAAAAUUGUACAAACCAUGGCCCUUUCGCUUUUUUGUCAUCGUAGAUGGUAUUUUGAGACUUGUUGGAAUGCCAAAAGAGGCGCGUUAUGAUACAACCGACUUAGUCAUGUGCUUGGAUGCUCUCCUAAAUGACAGAUAA